AUGACAACGGCUCGUCUUACCAAAGAGGUCGGAGAGAAGAACCAGGAGCUUCAGGCGACCUUUGAGCGGGCCCAGCGAGCUGAGCAGGAAGUGGAGGCUUCCGAGAAGAGGAGGCAAACUCUCAAGGCCGAGCUCCCGGAGAGCAAGGGUAAAGUUGCUUCCUUGACCGAGGAAGUGCGGGUCCAGGUAGAGGAGCUCGAGGACAGGGUCGUUGAUUGGGCGAUCGGGUCCAUUUAUACUUUGCGGCCUAAGAAUCCAGAUUUGGAUAUUUCCGACCUCCCGAAGGAGUGGCAGGAGAGUUUGCGAAUAUUGGAGACGGAAGAUGAUGAAGCGGCGGUGGCUGCUGCUCGAGGGCCCGAUCAAGCAGGCAGCUCGGGGAAUCUAGUGGGCAACAACUUCACAUUUGACAGCUCGAACAUUAGUGAUUUCUAUGGAUUGAACUGUCUCCAAAGAUACUUCCCCUGCAAUAGAAAUACUCCACGCUAUUCACAUAUAGCAAUCAACUCUGGUGGCAAAAAGUUCGCCAAGUAUGAAGCCGACGAUAGAGAUAUCGGUGAAGCUUCUUUUGUUGUACCUAAUUCAGAAAAAUGGGCAAUUAGUAAUGUGGGUUUUUUGUUUACUGAGGGAGGACAAGCAUUCAACACACUAGUUCAAAACACUGGAACCAAAGUAAUUAACAGUAACACUACACCCCCAGAUCUUUAUCAGACUUCAAGAAAAUCGAUUGGCUCACUUAGAUAUUAUGGACUUGGUCUUGAGAAUGGGCCUUACAAUGUAAGCUUGUUCUUCGCCGAAAUAGUUUAUGAAGAUCGAUACUCAAGAAAAUGGGGGAGCCUUGGAAGGCGUGUUUUUGAUAUCUAUAUCCAGGGAACUCGUCGGUGCAAAGAUUUUGACAUAUCAAAGGAAGCAGGUGGGGUUAGAAGAGCAAUUAGGAAGAGCUUUAAUGCUAAUGUGACUGAGAACCAUCUUGAAAUUCACUUAUUUUGGGCUGGUAAAGGGACCUGCUGCAUACCUGAAGAUGGUAGCUAUGGACCAUUAAUUUCUGCUCUUAGUGUCACUCCAGAAUUCCGACCAACUGUUGGUAUUGAACGAAAGAACCAGAUUGUGUUGAUUGCUAGUAUUGCAGUCCCUCUUUCAAUUUUGGGCUUCAUACUGAUGGUUUUAGUAUUUUAUACGAGGAUGAAAGGAGACAAUAAAGAUACGGAAGUGCUACUAGGAAUACGACCUAAAUCGAAAAUUUUCAGUUAUGCUGAGUUGAGAUCUGCAACAAAAGACUUCAACCCUUCAAAUAAGCUAGGAGAAGGAGGAUUUGGACCUGUGUACAAGGGUGUGCUUUCUGAUGGAAGGAUAAUAGCUGUGAAGCAACUUUCAUUGGGAUCCCACCAGGGGAAAAAUCAGUUUAUUAAUGAGAUCGCUUCCAUAACUGCAGUGCAACAUCGCAAUCUUGUGAAAUUGUAUGGAUGCUGUAUUGAAGGAACUAGGCACCUACUUGUUUAUGAAUAUCAUGAAAACAACAGCCUUGAUAAAGUAUUAUUUGGAAAUAGGAGGUUUCAUCUCAACUGGCCUACCCGAUUUAAAAUAUGUUUGGGAACCGCAAAAGGUCUAGCAUAUCUUCACGAGGAUUCAAAACCAAAGAUUGUACAUCGAGAUGUCAAAGCAAGCAAUAUUUUACUUGAUACAGAACUCUGUCCCAAAAUAUCAGAUUUUGGAUUGGCGAAGCUGUUUGAUGAUAAGAAAACUCACAUCAACACGGGUGUUGCAGGGACCAUUGGUUAUCUGGCACCAGAGUAUGCAAUGCUUGGGCACCUAACAAGUAAGGCUGAUGUAUUCAGUUUUGGUGUUGUUGCUUUAGAGAUUAUCAGUGGAAGAGCAAGCUCUCAUACUAACUUGGAUGGGGAAAAGAUUUAUCUUCUUGAAUGGGCUUGGAGUCUUCAUGAAAGCAACCAAAGUUUGGGGCUGGUUGAUCCAACACUGAUAGAGUUUGAUGAAAAUGAAGCUCUUCGAGUAAUAGCGGUGGGUCUCUUGUGCACUCAAGCAUCACCAAUGUCAAGGCCACCAAUGUCCCGAGUUGUGAACAUGCUUACUGGAGACUUAGAAAUUGGAGAUGUUACAUUGAAGCCAAGUUAUUUGACUGAUUGGAAUUUUAAUGAUGAAACGAGUAGCUUUAUUAUGAACAGCGAUAUUGGCACAUCUUCAUCUGCAGCAAGUUACUGCAAGAAUAAAAGUGACAAUCCAAAUGAUCUUAGCCGAGGAGUUGACCCACUGGUCUCUCCACUAAAUGUCAGCCAAUUCAGUGAUAUAAUAGCAGAGAGAAGGUAUAAGAAAUAUCUUCACUCAUUGAAACUGAGCGAAUGAUUUAUCCGCAUGCCCUUUUCUAUUGUUCGCAGCAUUUUCAAACUCAAACUAUAGUAGACUUUUAGUGUUGGGAAGUUUUCCUUGCAGACCAAUAAUAUUAGACAAUUGAUUGGAAAACCAUCACACGAUGAGUAUAGUGAGAAAAAAUUAUGUGUUUCUCAUUGUAGUAUCGCUUCUGUAAAAUUUUAUAUGGACUUUCUGGAUAAAUUUCUAUUGUAGUAUGGUAUAUAUGAUGAUUUGAAUAAUGAAUGAAUACCUAAUUUUUCUA